AUGGAGGCAGAGCUGCUGUCUGAGCUCACAGCACUGCCCCUCGGGGGCAAUGGGAGCGUCCAGCUGGUGCCAGACACAGCCCUGCUGCCUCCGGCGUGGGGCAUGGCCAUGUUCACUGUCCGCUGCGUGAUCCCUUCGCUCUACCUGCUCAUCAUCACUGUGGGCUUGCUGGGAAAUGUCACCCUCAUGAAGAUCUUCAUCUCCAACAGUGCCAUGAGGAGUGUGCCCAACAUCUUCAUCUCCAGCCUGGCUGCUGGCGACUUGCUCCUGCUGGUGACCUGCGUGCCAGUGGAUGCCUCUCGCUACUUCUCUGAGGAGUGGCUCUUUGGGGAGGUGGGCUGCAAGCUCAUCCCUGCCAUCCAGCUCACUUCUGUUGGUGUCUCUGUCUUCACGCUGACUGCCUUAAGUGCUGACAGGUACAAAGCAAUUGUAAAUCCCAUGGACAUCCAGACCUCCAGUGCAGUGCUAUGGACCUGUGCAAAAGCCAUUGCCAUUUGGAUAAUCUCCAUGCUCCUAUCAGUUCCUGAAGCAGUGUUCUCCGAACUGGCCCACAUCAAUGACACAGGCAAUGCCACUUUCACAGCAUGCAUACCGUACCCCAUGACAGAUGACAUGCACCCAAAGAUCCAUUCUGUGCUGAUUUUCCUAGUGUAUUUCCUUAUCCCUCUUGCCAUUAUUAGUAUCUACUACUAUCAUAUUGCAAAGAGUUUAAUAAGAAGUGCCCAUAAUAUCCCCGGAGAAAACAGUGAACAUGCAAAACGACAGAUGGAAACUCGGAAACGUCUGGCAAAAAUUGUUCUAGUUUUUGUUGGCUUCUUUGCUAUCUGUUGGUUUCCUAACCAUGUGCUAUACAUGUACCGGUCUUUUAAUUACAAUGAGAUUGAUUCAUCAAUAGGGCAUAUGGUUGUUACCUUAGUGGCCCGAGUGCUAAGCUUCUGCAACUCUUGUGUCAAUCCAUUUGCACUGUAUUUGCUCAGUGAGAGUUUCAGAAGACAUUUCAACAACCAGCUUUGCUGCCGGAAGAAAUCUCAGCAAGAGAGAUCUGCCAGUUACUUGCGCAACUCUUCUGCCAUUCAAACAACUUCCCUGAAAAGUAGUACCAGGAACACAGUGACUAGCGUGACACAACUGAAUGGGCACAACUUGAAACAAGAAAUGUCAUUAUGAUUUAAUAGGUGUGAUUUUUGACUACAGAACAAAAUUGAACUUUUUCUUUGUGGUUUGUGACUCAAUUCUGGCUCUUACAUGCUUAGACAGUCUGAACGGGGAAUCUGUUAAAGUCUGUCCAGUAUGAGAUUGUUUCACAUCUAAUCUUACUGUUAGACAGAAGUGAAGUGAAGAGAGUAUUUUUUUGAGAGGACAAAGCUG